UGUGAUUUCAGGACACACCCUCGUACAACCAAGACAAUGUCCCAAUACGCAUAUUCUCGACUACCGCCGGGGUCGGAAACGAUACGCAUCCUUCGCCUCCUGCCAAGCGAAGACAACACGACUCAAAUCCAAUGCCAGCUGGUCAACUACACCCUACCAAGCACAAGUACGGGAUAUCACCCCUAUGAAGCGUUAUCGUAUGUAUGGGGUAGUGAGAGCACCCCUCAGUCCAUUCGUAUUGAUGGCCAGAUUCUAUCCGUUACAAAGAACCUCUACACUGCAUUACUAUAUCUUCGAGAGCACCAGCUUGAGCGCCUGCUCUGGAUAGAUGCGAUCUGUAUCAACCAGGGAGAUGAGGAGGAAAAGUCCCAGCAAAUUCAGUUCAUGCCGACGAUAUAUGGUCAGGCGAACCAUGUCAUUGUUUGGCUCGGAGAAACAGCCGAUCAGAGUGAUAAAGCCCUUGAAGUGAUUCGUCUUGCUGGCGAUGACGAUACUCACAGUGGCUGGCGUAGAAUCAUGGAGGAGGAAAUACGUCGACAAAUUACUCGGCCAAAAGGAUAUAUCCCCGAUCAGGGAAUCCCGACAUUACAUGACGAGAUCUAUUCAGCCGUUGAGAGGCUACUAGAACGACCUUGGUUUCGGCGCAUUUGGGUGCUCCAGGAGGUUCACGCUGCGCGAUCUAUUCUGGUUAUGUGUGGCCACGAUAAGAUCAAUGGCUAUUCCUUUUGGUUGGGCUUGAGCCUUUUUAGAUUAUAUAUGGACAAACCCAAUUUACGGAGCCUGGUUGGUUCGAUUACACAUCUUCUAAGGGGCUCGAUCUUCCGAUCUGAAUAUACUACACGUCCGCGUGGAACACUCACUCUAGGCGAAUUGAUUGACAUGUAUCAUACCCGAGCGGCGACCAAGAAGCACGAUAAAGUGUACGCAUUGCUUGGCAUGAGUUCCGACACCCCUCUGGUACCUGAUUAUAAGCUUCCAUGGGACAGCGUGUUCCAGCAGGUCAUCACCUAUACUUUCUCAGGAAAAGGAUCUGUGCAAAUCUGGCCCCACUGUGAUUUGGCUCUGAUUCGAACCAGGGGCUAUAUACUUGGUGAAGUAUCCAGGGUGAAAAGUGAUACAGAUCGAUAUGACAGACAACAGGUGUACAUUGAGAAUUUUGCGCUACGGGCGAAUUCCUGGGCGUAUCUCUCAUGGGUUCUGGGCAUACCACGAGAUUGGACACUCCAUGUUUCAGCGAAGCCUGUUCAGAAAGGUGACAUGGUGUGUCUUUUGGAGGGGGCUUCAAAGCCGAGCAUCGUCAGGUUUUACAAUGGCUAUCUCAUUUUUAUCAUAGUCCACGUUACUCCUCUGCAUGAGUGGGAUUAUGAGAUUAAAAAUUGGCAUGAGGCGUUCGAGACUCUGCGUUCAAAGAACAGCCCCAUCCGUGAUAUGUCUCUCAUCUGGGAGUGGGCAUAUUCAGGGAACCUGGAUGGAUGACUCGGAAAUUCUAUUGGAAUCGAAUGAUGCGACACCGUCUGGACAGCUUGGGGACGGACUCUGAAGAAAGCAGAAGGUUGGGUGAUUUGUCGCUUGUUGCGGAACAUAUCUUCGUCAAUCAAAUGAGACAUGGGGGAGUAAGUAUCCUGCCUUGUCAAAGGAUUCCAAGCUCCCAGUCAGCGAGACUACGGCGGUGGCAGCAGCAAUGAGCCUCCGACUAUGGAUAUGAGACCAUGUCAAUCUCAGAGCUUGUGGUCAAGACAACCGCAGUCAAUGAGGAGAGUGGCUAUCAUAUGUCUCGGAUUCUACUUGAUCUGACCAAGCAGGG